ACCAAUACUCUCCUCACAAAUCCACCUUUCAUACACACAAUCGUACGAUACCUCUUCAUUCAAAAGCUCUCAUUUUGGGCACUGUUUUCCUCUUCAAAUGUGGAAAGGUUUCCAAUAGAAAAUUAAUUGAUGAAUAUGUUCUUCCCUCGACCUUUUCUUCAUUCUCUCUUGGUGGUGGUUUGCUUUGGAAAUUUUGCUUUUGGAGUUACUCGAUUGCCACGAGAUGAAGUACAAACUUUAGCCGACAUAGCAAAGACACUGGGGAAGACGAACUGGGAUUUCAGUGGAGAUGCAGAUCCAUGCAACAAUCAAAAACCAUGGACUGAUACCAAUCCGGACAAAGGAUUUGAGUAUGGCAUCACCUGUAAUUGUUCCUUUGCCAGUUCCACUGUCUGCCAUAUUACCAGCAUAGUUAUGAAAGCUCAGGAUUUGCCAGGAACACUCCCAAAAGAGAUGGCCAGGCUCCGCUAUCUCGAAGAAAUUGACCUCACCCGCAACUACCUGAGUGGUACCAUCCCUCCAGAAUGGGGCUCCCUUUCACUUGUCAACAUUUCCCUUCUUGGAAACCGUUUGACCGGUCCUAUCCCCCGAGAGCUUGGAGACAUCAAUACCCUGAAGCAUUUGGACAUCAGUAUGAAUAAUUUCUCUGGAGAGCUCCCUCGGGAGCUUGGGAAUUUGACCCUCAUAGAAAGCAUGCUUCUUAACUCAAAUAAUUUUACUGGGGAGUUGCCAGAUACAUUUGGAAAUCUUACCACACUAAAAGACUUCCGGGUGGGUGACAGUCACUUUUCUGGGCAGAUACCUGAUUUUAUAAAGAACUGGACAAAUCUUGAGAAACUACUGAUUCAGGCUAGUGGUUUGACGGGGCCAAUUCCUUCCAGCAUUUCUCUUUUGACAAAAUUAACUGACUUGAGAAUUACUGACUUGAGUGGGCCUGAAGCACCCUUUCCUCCACUUGAGAAUAUGAAAAGCAUGAAGACACUGAUGUUGAGGAGUUGCAAUAUUAUUGGACGGCUACCUCCAUAUCUCGGGGACAUGAAGAGUUUGAAAACUUUAGACCUCAGCUUUAACAAGCUAACCGGGGAAAUUCCAAGCAGCUUUGUUGCUCUAGCAAAAGUGGAGUUUAUAUUCUUAACUGGAAACUUGCUGACUGGACCCGUGCCUACUUGGACGAAAGAAAACUUUGAUCUUUCAUAUAACAAAUUCACCAUAGGGGCUACAGGUUGUCCAUCACAACGCGGCAACCUGAACUUGUUUGAAAGCUUUUCAGAGGCCAAUAGUUCAAAAACUACAUGUUUGGAAAUUCCAACAUGUCCACAAACUGGGUACGAAUUCCGUAUAAAUUGUGGUGGAGAAGCAGUAACUGUUAAUGGGUUCAAGUUUGACGAUGACAAAGAUUGGGCUGGACCUUCUUCAUUUCGCAAAACCUCACCAAAUUGGGCUUUAAGCAGCACUGGUUACUUUAUUGAUGAUAAACAACCUGAAGACACCUUUAUCCAAACUAAUAAAUCUAUACUCUCUAUGGCAAACCCAGAACUGUACAUGCAUGCACGCCUCUCUCCCAUCUCUCUAACUUACUAUGGGUUUUGUUUGAGAAAUGGAACCUACUUUGUAAACCUCCAUUUUGUGGAGACAGAGUUUACAAAUAACAAAUCAUAUAGAAGCCUGGGAAGGCGUAUAUUUGAUGUUUACAUUCAGGGGAGACUAGUGGAGCAGGAUUUCAAUAUUGUGGAUAAAGCUGGUGGGGUUGGUACUGCAGUCAUAAUGCACUAUACUGCUCGUGUAACUAGUGGUACCUUGGAGAUCCGUUUCUAUUGGGCUGGGAAAGGGACGACCGGUAUCCCUCGUAGAGGAGUUUAUGGUCCUCUUAUAUCAGCCAUUUCUGUAAGACAUGCCGACUAUGUACCUGGUGGAAGUGGCAUAUCUGUAGGUGCAGUAGUUGGAAUUGUGGGUGGAGGAGUCUUCAUUAUAUUACUGAUUUUUGGUGUUCUUUGGAGGAGAGGCCACCUAGGACAACAAAAUACUUUGGAGAAUGAUUUAAAGGGCGUGGACCUGCAAACUAGUAAAUUUAGCUUCAGGCAACUCAAAGCUGCCACAAACAACUUUGACAAAGCCAAUAAGAUUGGAGAAGGUGGUUUUGGAUCUGUUUACAAGGGCCUUCUAUCAGACGGCACCGUAAUUGCUGUCAAGCAGCUUUCUUCCAAAUCAAAGCAAGGGAAUCGUGAAUUUGUGAAUGAGAUAGGCAUGAUUUCUGCUCUGCAACACCCUCAUCUUGUCAAGCUUCACGGAUGCUGUAUUGAAAGAAAUCAACUAUUGCUUGUCUAUGAGUACAUGGAAAAUAAUAGCCUUGCUCGUGCUUUGUUUGGACCAGAACAAAGUCAGUUGAAGUUGGAUUGGCCAACAAGGCACAAGAUCUGUGUUGGUAUAGCAAGAGGUUUGGCUUACCUCCACGAGGAAUCAAGAUUGAAGGUCGUUCAUAGAGACAUCAAGGCUACUAAUGUGCUGCUUGAUAAAAAUCUUACCCCAAAGAUAUCUGACUUUGGAUUGGCCAAGCUUGAUGAAGAGGAUAACACACACAUUAGCACCCGUAUUGCUGGAACUUAUGGAUAUAUGGCGCCUGAAUAUGCAAUGCGGGGUUAUCUGACUGAUAAAGCAGAUGUUUAUAGCUUUGGAAUUCUUGUAUUGGAAAUUGUUAGUGGGAGGAACAACACUACUUACAGAGCAAAGGAAAAAAGCUUUUAUCUUCUUGAUUGGGCACAACUACUAAAAGGGCAAGGGAAAUUGAUGGACCUAGUGGAUCCAAGGUUGGGCUCAGACUUCAACAAAGAAGAGAUGAUGCUUACAAUCAAUGUGGCUCUCCUCUGCUGCAAUGUCACUUCAACAGUUAGGCCUACCAUGUCUUCAGUUGUGAGCAUGCUUGAAGGCAGGGCUGCUGUUCAGGAAUUGGUCUCAGAUCCAAAUGCCUCAAGUUUUGAGAUCGAAGCAAUGAGGAAACAUUUUCAAUCCAGUUUCGGAAGGAACACCGGCGAGAGCCAGACACAAACUGCGUCAACUGAAGGGCCUUGGACUGGUUCAUCUACAUCUGCUCAUGAUCUCUAUCCAGUCAAUCCUGAUUCAACUUACUGGGACAACAGAAAAUAGAGAAACUGAGCAAACUUUCUUCAUUCUCAAACUUAUAUGUUCAUGUAUCAUUUCUACUCCCUCUCUAAAUACACACACAUAUAGCUGAAAGAAUAAUAUAGAUGUUUCUACAGCAUGGUAAUUUUAAAUUAUGAAUCCCUUG